AUGGCACGAAACAACACCCGCCGUGGGCUCAACAAGGGUCACCCAACAACUGCUAUUCCAAAGUCCGUCAAGCCCUCGCAUAAGAAGGGCGUUCGGUCAACACGCACCACUUUUGUGCGCUCAGUUGUUCGUGAAGUGGCAGGAUUCGCUCCGUAUGAGCGUCGGGUUAUGGAAUUGCUGAGGAACUCAAAAGACAAGCGGGCGAGGAAGCUUACCAAAAAACGUCUUGGGACGCUACUCCGCUCGAAACGCAAGCUAGAGGAACUUGGUGGAAUCAUCCAGGAGAGCAGGCGUGCAGGCCAUUAA